AUGGAGCCGCUGCAGAAUGGAAGUGACAAGCGACAAGCUAACGCGGAGCCGCCGCCGCCGCCGCCGCCCGCCAUGGAGACGGGAAGCGAAGCCGGAGGAUCCUCGGAGGAACGGCGGCGGCGGGGGGUAUCGGCCUCGGGCAUCCGUCGGCGCGCAAGCGGGCCGAGCAAGGCGGAGGCCGCCGCGGGCCGCGAGAAAGAGCGUGAUGGCCCCGCCCCCCGGCCGCGCCCGGAUUGCCACCGCAAGAGCCGCCCCCCUUUCCCUUGGUUCGGCUUGGACAUCGGCGGGACGUUGGUGAAGCUGGUUUAUUUCGAGCCCAAGGACAUCACCACGGAGGAGGAGGAAGAGGAAGUGGAGAGCUUGAAAAGCAUCCGCAAGUACCUGACCUCCAACACGGCCUACGGCGCCACCGGCCUCCGCGACGUCCACCUGGAGCUCAGGGACCUUACGCUGUGUGGACGUAAAGGCAAUCUGCACUUUAUUCGCUUCCCCACUCACGACAUGCCCGCUUUUAUUCAGAUGGGCAGCGAGAAACAUUUCUCCAGCCUCCACACCACGUUGUGUGCCACUGGAGGCGGAGCGUAUAAAUUUGAGCAGGACUUUCUCACAAUGGGCGACCUCCAGCUGUGUAAAAUGGACGAGCUGGACUGCCUUAUCAAGGGGGUUCUCUACAUUGAUUCGGUGGGCUUCAACGGACACUCGGAGUGCUACUAUUUUGAGGACCCCACGGAUCCCGAGAAAUGCCAGAAGGUCCCUUUCAACUUGGAGGACCCUUACCCUCUCCUGCUGGUCAACAUCGGCUCCGGAGUCAGCAUCCUGGCCGUCUAUUCCGAAGGCAACUACAAGCGAGUGACUGGCACCAGCCUCGGAGGAGGGACCUUUUUCGGCCUCUGCUGCCUCCUGACCGGCUGCUCCACCUUCGAAGAAGCUCUCGAAAUGGCCUCCCGGGGAGACAGCACGAAAGUGGACAAACUCGUGCGGGAUAUUUACGGAGGGGACUACGAGCGCUUUGGCCUGCCAGGUUGGACCAUAGCAUCCAGCUUUGGAAACAUGAUGAGCAAAGAGAAACGAGAGGCGGCCAGUAAGGAGGACUUGGCCCGGGCAGCCUUGAUCACCAUCACCAACAACAUCGGCUCCAUCGCACGCAUGUGCGCGCUGAAUGAGAACAUUAAUAAAGUGGUUUUUGUGGGGAACUUUUUGAGAAUCAACACAAUCUCCAUGAAGUUUCUGGCCUACGCUUUGGACUACUGGUCAAAGGGACAACUGAAGGCUCUUUUUCUGGAACAUGAG